CCCAAAAUUCUGUAAAUUCUAUAAAGUUAGCAUUCCAUUGAACUGUAUUUGAAUUCCUGAUCAUGUACAUAUUUGCACUACUAUUUGAAAUCUACUCAUUAGUUGUACUUAGUUAUUUGUAUGUGUAUUAAAAUUACAUGCUUAUUGUACACACGCAUUCAUACAUCAUUAUAUCCAUUUAUUUGUAUAACGUACUUAGCUUAAAAUCGCUAUUUGAAUUAUUGAAUUAUUGCACUUAAUAUUUUUGAAGUCUAAAACUCCCCUAAUGUUUAAACCACUUUAAGUAGCGAUAUAAGUAGUUGGUAACACUGAUGCCGAUAAGGCAGGCCCCCUUUGACAGCGCACGAAAGGGAAUAAGAAGGAAUGACAUUUGGUUGUCAGAAUCAGAAUUUUUUCCACACUCGUGCCGCCCAGCCGCAAUUCGUGAAUUUUUAUAAAAAAAAACCCCAAUUUGUAUCCCGCGCAAUCGGUAGCUAAACACUGGUCCUUCGUCGCCUUGAAAGAGCCAGCACCGUUGGAAUUCAGAACCCAAAUAAAAAGUAUCCCUAAAAAACCAUGGAGAUGGACAAGCCUCAGCCGGCACCACGCACUUUUGCUUCGUCGCAGGGGAAGACCGACACACCUAAGCCAGCGCCACGCCCCUCCACUUCGUCGCAGGGGAAGGUUGAUACGCCUCAACCGGUGCCACGCCGUGCCUUGUCGCCGAGGGUAGUACUGCCGAUGGAUGGGGUUCCAAUCCCGGCACCUACUCAACCUAUAACUGGCGAACCAUCAGCAACAGACUUUCAGAGAUGUCGUCUUUGUGCGCGCUAUCAUGCGCUCAGAGUAUGCCCAGGUUUUCGGGCCAUGCACCCACAACAGAGGUUCCUCAUCGCGCGAGCUCAUAAGUUCUGCACAAACUGUCUCGCACUCUCCCACGCUACAAGCGCGUGCACAUCAAACGGAAAUUGUAGAACAUGUGGCCAAUAUCAUCACACGCUCUUACAUAGAAAUGACUCCAGCACCUCUGGUCGCCGGUUAAAGCCGCCUGCACGCUAUCCCCCAAGACUUGCUCGGAACAUUGGCUCCGCAUUUACUGGGCGUCGCCAGCACAAAGCCGUGCCGCAGAACAAGCACCCAAUCAAACGCACUACACCAAGAAUUCGAAACAUAACGCCGAAAGGAAGAUUCACCAAACGGCUGGUGCAUGAAGCGAUGCGCACCCUGAAGGAGCUGAAAGACGCUCUAGCCGCUUAG